AUGCUAGGGUUAAGCCCGUAUGGUGCAUACUGGCGUGACUUGCGCAAAAUUAUAGUCCAAGAGCUACUCUCAAGCCACAUGCUUGAGCAAUUCAAACAUGUUCGAGAAUCCGAAGUAGUGAUGGCCACAAAAGAGGUAUACAAUCUAUGGACUAAAAGAAACGAUUCAAAAGAAAAUGGUUCCGGACAACUUUUGGUGCAGCUGAAGCAGUGGUUCAACGAUUUAACUCUAAAGGUGUUUUUUAGGAUGGUUGCUGGAAAUAGAUAUAAUAAUUUGGGUGACGAGAUAGACGAAGUUCGGUGCCAUAAGGCCGUGAGGGAGCUCUUUCAUUUUAUUGGAUUGUUUGCCCUUGGGGAUGCUGUUCCAUGGCUUAGGUUUUUGGAUAUUGGUGGGCACGAAAAAGCUAUGAAAAAAACUGCCAAAGAGCUCGAUACCAUAGUUAUGUCCUGGUUGGAGGAGCACAAGCAGAGAAGAGCUAAAGAUGGAGACAAUAAUCGAGAUUUCAUCGACCUGAUGCUUUCAGUCCUCGACAGACAAAAUGUUGCGCAACAUGAAUCAUUUGAUGCUGAUACCGUCAUGAAAGCAACAGUUUUGAAUCUGAUUGCUGGAGGAAGCGAUCCAACCUCCGUGCUCAUGGGCUGCGCAAUCUCAAUGUUGUUGGACAAUCGCCAUGCUUUGAAGAAAGUCUAUGAAGAACUAGACAACCAAGUUGGCAAAGGAAGACUAGUGAAUGAAUUAGAUAUCAAUAAUCUCGUGUACCUGCAAGCCGUUAUUAAAGAAGUGUUGCGUUUAUAUGCAACAUUCUCUGGCUACAGAGAAUUCAUCGAGGACUGCAUUGUGGGAGGGCACCAUGUCCCGAAAGGCACGUGGCUGACAGUGAACGCGUGGAAGAUUCAUACUGACCCGCAGGUUUGGGAUGACCCGAUGGAGUUCAAGACGGAAAGAUUUCUCACAAGCCAUAAGGAUGUUGAUGUCAAGGGUCGGCAUUUUGAGUUAAUGCCUUUUGGUAGCGGUCGAAGAGCAUGCCCUGGCAUAAAUUUGGGCCUUCACUUGACGCUUUUGAUCCUGGCUAGUUUUCUGCAUGCGUUUGAGAUCUCUACUCCAACAAAUGCAACCGUUGAUAUGUGCCAAGGAUUUGGAGAUUCCAACAAGAAAUCUACCCUACUUAAAGUCCUCGUCGAACCUCGCCUGCCUCCAAAUCUCUAUGAAUAA